AACCUGUCUGUCUCUAACCUGUCUCUCUAACCUGUCUGUCUCUCCCUGCAGUGACAGUGAUGGAGGUUACAUGGACAUGAAUAAAGAAGAAAGAGUUGAAUACGUCGCCAUGAAGGAGCUCAGCUACGCUGACAUCCAGCCCGGCGUGUACGAGACGCCGUGCACACCACCGUGCACACCGCCAUGCACACCACCGUGCACACUUCCAGACCACCAGGGGGCGUCCUCUCUCCUCAGCCCCAGUGACCUCCUCAGUUUCUCCUUCCAGAUCUCUCAGGCCAUGGACUUCCUGUCCUCCAGACACUGCGUCCACAGGGACCUGGCAGCGAGAAACGUUCUGGUCUGCGAAGGGAAGCUGGUGAAGGUCUGUGACUUUGGUUUGGCCCGAGACCUGAAGAAGGACCAGGACUACAUCUCCAGGGGACACAGCUUCCUGCCGGUGAAGUGGAUGUCUCCAGAGAGUAUCUUCCAGAACAUCUACAGCUCUCAGAGUGACGUCUGGUCCUAUGGAGUCCUGCUAUGGGAGAUCUUCUCCCUGGGGGGGAGUCCGUACCCCGACCUCCCCAUGACUCAGCAGUUUUACACGUCUCUGAAGAGAGGAUACAGGAUGAGUUGCCCUGACCACGCCCCCAACGACAUUUUUGAUCUGAUGAAACUGUGUUGGGAGGAGAAACCUGAGUCCAGACCUUCUUUCUCCUCGCUGGUCGUCGCCGUGGGCAACAUGAUGACCGACGACUACAGAAAGCGUUACCUCCAGCUCAGCGAGGACUUCCUGAAAGGUGAAAAUCCAGCUGUGGUCAGUUCCAUAGGCCGUCUAAUAGGAGACCAGGACCGGUCCAGAGGCCGUCCAAUAGGAGACCAGGAAGACGCCGAUGGAAGUCCCGCCCCCCAGGUCAGUGUUCACCGGCUGGAGACGGAGCCAGAGGAGGCAGGCCCCCCCCACGGCAGUUACAUCAUCCCUGUCACUGACAUCACCAUAGAAACCUGGGGCAGUGCUGCGCCGGACGCAGUAAGCCAUCAGAUGUCAGAGUCUCCUGGAGAACAGGAAGUGAAAUCAACAGUGGACAGACAGGAAGGGACGUCACCAGAGAAGAGUCCUGAGGAAUAGCAGAGCUUCCUGUAAAAUGAGAUCAUAACUUUAUACUAUUCAGCGGCAUAUUCUUUGAUAUUUUACGGGCGCUGUCUGUGUAUAUCUGCAUUGUUAUCAUAAUCUGCUUCCAGACAGACUUCCUUCACGUCUAAUAAAGGUUUUACUGA